GAUAUAAUGAUCACACUGUUUGAAGCUGCAGACAGAAACAUCAGACUCAGGACAGAAACACACGACCUCUAAAAAAUGGAGCAAACUCUAUAUUUCAUUCUUCUUCUCAUUGCUCUCUGCUCCGUAUCUGAAUGUGUUCAGCGUCAGUAUCACUUUAUAAACGUGAUGAAGACCUGGACUGAAGCUCAGAGAUACUGCAGAGAGAAUUACACAGAUCUGGCCACCGUUGACAACAUGAACGACAUGAACGAGCUGAAGAAGAGUGUGAAUGAUGGACGUGUCUGGAUUGGGCUGAAGAAGACGAGUGUUGGUAAAUGGCAGUGGUCUUCAGGUGAUCCUGCGCUCUAUCUGAACUGGGCUCCUACACAACCUGAUGGCACAGAUGACUGUGCUUUUAUUUCAAAUGGACAAUGGUAUGAUUAUUCAUGUAGUAACAGCCGGGCUUUCAUCUGCAGUUCAUCUAACAACACGAACACAGGACUCGUCUUUGUCAACCAGACGAAGAAAUGGAGAGAUGCUCAGAGUUACUGCAGACAGAAUCACACUGAUCUGGUCAGUGUGAGGAACCAGAAUGAGAAUCAACAGCUUCAGAAGUUCAUCAAUGAGAGUCACAUAUCUGGUGAUGUCUGGAUCGGUCUGUUCAGAGACUCAUGGCAGUGGUCAGAUCAGAGUAACUCCUCAUUCAGAUACUGGAAUACUGGUGAACCUAAUAAUGCUGGAGGAAAUGAAAACUGUGCAGAGAUUUAUCCGAACGCUCAGGGACAAUGGAAUGACUACUUUUGCAACUACCAGUUUCCUUUUGUGUGUCAUGAAGAUAAACUGAUUCUGAUCAAAGAGAAGCUGACGUGGUCUGAAGCUCUGAGAUAUUGCAGACAGAAUCAUGUGGAUCUGGUCUCGGUUCAUUCAGAAGAGAUUCAGCGUGACGUGAUGAAUGUGGUUAAACAGGCGUCUACUGAGGCGGUGUGGUUGGGUUUACACAACUACUGCCUUAUGAACAUGUGGCUCUGGUUGAGCGGAGAGAUCGUGUGCUAUCAGAACUGGGCUCCAGGGAACGGAGUAGAACCGGAAGACUGCAACCUCGAGAAGAGAAAAGGAGCAGUUCAGUCUGGAGGAGAUCAGCGCUGGAUCAGCCGUCCUGAGACUGACAGACUCAACUUCAUCUGCAGCAGAUAUGAAGAGUGAAAAGACACGCAUUUGUGUGUUUACUUACAUUCAGUUUUCAUUCUUCAUUAUUUUUCUUAUUUACUUGUUUGAUUUGUUCUUUAGUAAUUUCUGAGUGAAUCUAUUAAUUGUGUUUUAAAAGUCUUUGUUUUAUUUCUGUAUAUUAAUUAUCAUGACAAUGUGAUUUUAUCAAUUUAUUGUGAGCAGCAGAUCUUAAGAAUGAUAUUAUUUGUGUCUCAGCAGAAUGAAAUCUUGUUUAUUAGAAAAGGAAAAUUGAAGUGAUGUCACAAUGAACUGU